AUGCUCAGGCUCGCUCGUCCGGUUAUGAGGAGUUUGGAAAUUAGGAGCGCGAUGUAUGCGAGACCGCAAAGGAUGGUGAGUAUGGACAGCAGCGAGGCGAACAUGUAUCGCGGUAUGGAUCUUACGUUUGGUCAAUGCUCUGGACGAUGUCGGGGAGAGGAGCUCGACGUCGGGAGUUGCUUCGGAUACUUCAGCCGGCUUUGCGACUUCACCUCUCCUCCUCCAUAUCGACCCUCAUAUAUUCUCUCGUUGAGAGCCAAAGCAGCGCCAGGAAAUAAGAUACUCAUGCUACAUUCGUUCGAGAGAAGCUCUGCCAUCGAACACGACUGUACAUUACCUGGUGACUACCCCUACAAAAAGCCGUCUCGCAUGGAGCCGUCUCGCUCCAUAGAGCCUUUCGCAAACGAGACUACUCGAGACAACUCAGAGCACCUGGCUGCACCAGGCUUGUAA